AUGAUAUUAGCAUAAACUUAUGAUUUUGAUCUAAGAGGAAACAACCCGGUAUCAUUCACUUCAACUGGGACCAUAAAUACAUAUCCUUUGAAAAUUUUGUCUGUAUACACUGCAGCAGACAAGUUUGGCUAUGAGUUUCAUGGGAAUGCCAAGAACUAUCUAAAAAUUGAGGUUUCAGGAACGGCUCUCUCAACCUUUUAGCUAGCUUCUCCCUCUACUGUAGUUUUAUGGCUAUAUGUUCUGAAUUAAAAUGAGCUUUAGCACAUUUAUUGCAAAAGUCUGAUUAUCAAUAAGUAUCACCGACCCAAAUUUUGUGUGUUUAUCAAAGACGGCUACUACUGGGGAGAGUUGUUCCACUAGUAGUUGCAAACUGACACGCCCGUCGAUAGUGGCUGGACAAUGCUUGCUAUAUAACUGCAGGACACGACAGAGAGUUAUGCAGGAAACAUUAAAACUUAAAUGAGGAUUAUUGCUUAUAAUGGAAGAUGGAGACAUUACACAGAUCCUGUUCUAUUUGACUUGCAAUACACUGACGAUGAUAACUACAUGACAUAUUUUGGAGGAAGACCAAUAUACAACUUAACAACAAAUAGAGAAGAGAUCAAUUAAGGAUUCAAUGGCUAUAUGAUUCAACUUAAACUGUUCAAUUCAGUCUAGACUCUAGCGCAGCUUGAUUCUUUUAUGAGUUGUAUGUUUCAAUUCUAAAUUAUAAAGUUGUAAAUAGAUUACUGUAUGGCAAAUUCUAACUAUGAGUCUUGUGAUCUUUGCAGAGCUUAGGAUUCAAAUUAGUGUCUGGUGUAUGAUGAUUUGACUACCCCCAGUUAGUUACUAGUUGCUAAGUAUUCAUUUGACAACUAUCAAGAUGCUGCUACCAAUAAGCAAAUUAUAAAAGACUAUGGGCCAUCUGCUUCUUAUCAUUUGUAGAGAGGAAUAGAUUCAACUUCCAAAGAUGAUAGAGAUCCAUCUAGAACGGUAUACUACGGGCUCUACUUUGUCAAGAAUUCUUAUUUGAAAAUGAUGAAGACACUAGACUUAGACAAGGACUUUACAUUUGACUUCUAUUUAAGAAUGGAUCAGCCUAUUGCAGAUGAUGAAUACUACAUUUUCACAAAGAGUGGCUAGCAUUACUAUGGGUUUUCCCUAGCCCAAAACAACUCAGCCUAUUUCUUUAUAAAUAACACCAACAAUAAAUAAUUCUGUAAAACUUGGUUCACUAACUUCAUCGACCCAUUAUAAGAUUUGAAGGAGUGGUUAUACAUCUCAGUAAGUGCUUCAGAAUUCUCAGACUACUCAACUAAUGUAUGUGUCUAUAAAAGAGGCUGGUCAGUGACUGCUCAAUGCCAAGUGCUACUAUGCUAAAUGAAUAAGCAUAGUUAGUCUCAAUCCUGGUAUAUUGGGGGCAAAUCCUUCACAGGGGCUAUAAGAACCAUGUAUAUCUGGAAUUAUGCCAAAGCUCUUAAUGUGAUGAACUACAGUCCACUAAUUGGAUUGAUAAGCGAGGAUUUAGAGCAGUCAGUUGAAACCAAAGGGGACUGUGAGGCAUUUAACCCAAAUAAUGAUAAGAUAUUUCUUGGGUAUUGUGCUUUAUGUGAUAAAUAUAAUGGGAUGGCUAACUAGGGAAAGAUGUGCUUUUCACCAUGUGACUUCAAUAAAUAUGAUGAAAUGUGCACAGAGAAAUGCCGCAAUGAUCUCUGUGAAAUUUGUCUUGGGGGAAGUGUCACUGAUUGUCAAGUUUGCAAAACUGGGGCAGAGAUUGAUUCGACAUCCUAUUAAUGCAAGUGCACUUACUCAGAUUAUUAUCUGGCAAGCGAUUCAUAAUCAUGUUUGCAGUGCCAUUAAUCGUGCUACGGAUGCGAUGGUAGUAAUUAUACAAAUUGCUAUGCCUGUGAAAGUGGCUAUAUUCCAGUAACUGACAAAGAUUUAUGUGGGACAGGACUUCAGUACCAAUAGUUGCUUGUGUAAGUGUAAUUUUAUGUUAAUCUCAAUUUAGACUGUGGAGCUGGGAAAUACUCCAUCGAUGGUUACACUUGUACAGAUAUGGUCUUCGCAUCCAUUGAAAAUCUUGCUAUAGAUAUGAGCUCAUUAAAAAUAAAGUUUACAAGACCACUCACCCAUUCCUUAGAUUAUGAAGACCUCUCUUCGAAAUUUUAGAUAAUUAUCACUGGACCAAGAGAAUCUUAUAUAAUAUCGUACAGUCUGGAUGAAAAUAGCUUUAUGAAGGCUAAAUAUUCAAAGAUAGUGACCUUUACACUUGGCGUAUAAUCAACUCUUUAUGGAAUUGAAAAAGUAAAGAUCAUUUUUAGCGAUCUGCCAUUAUUUAAAGAUGCUGAUGGGAUUCCCUUUGGAGGGCCAGGAAAUCUAGAGAUUCAGACCUACUCGUUUUCUUUCCUAUCAGUGGACGACAAGCAAACAACUUAGCAGGCUGGUGGGCUUGCUUAGUAGUCAUCCAUGAUCAGCUUAGCAGUAAGUUUAGUUAUUCAAGUUGUGGCUGGAGGCUCAGUUGAAGCGCUCUUUUGUCUCUCAUAUAUGAUGCAAAUAUGCUCUAUCUUACCCUUAAUGAACCUUUAUUUCCCUUCAAAUACUAUCCAAAUGUUUAAAAAUCUUGCUUUUGUGAAUGUAAACAAUGAAUUUUUGUCGGGCUUAUUUAAAGCAUUUUUCUAUACAGACUCUGAUUUCUCUGAUUAAGAACCGCUCAAUGAUAACUUUAACAAUGUAGGCUUCGGGUCUAAAAAUAUGUUUAUGAACUCACCUGAUCAAUUAUUCAUGUGGGUGCUAUUAAUUGGGGUUUACCCAUUUAUUGUCUUUGCUAAAUACAUGUUCUCACAUUUAGGCCCAAUCUGCAAAACUUUCAUAGAAAUUGAGAACUCGUUUCAUUUCAAUGGUAUAAUUAAGACUUUUCAAUAGAUAUAUCUGACGAUGCUGAUUGUAUCUUUGGUUGAUGUUUUCUAUACAAGUCCAGUUAACUCGGCUGAUAAGAUGAGUUUCUAUGGCUCUUAUAUUUUCAUUGCUAUUAGUUUAUUCUUGAUUGUAUUUUCAGUUGUAUUUGUGAUUAUUUAGAGACACUUUCUAUCUCAUAAGAGAUUUUAGCAUACCUGGGGAGCUUUAAUCCUUAAUGGAGAAAUUAAGUUAAAAAAGCCAUACCAUUAUUUAUACCUGUGGACCUUUUUAGUGAGAAGAGCGGUUCUGGCGAUAUCAUUAGUUGUAGCUAAAGAUUAUCCGAGGGCGCAAUUGAUGGUAUAUAUUGGAAGUAGCUCAUUCAUUCUUCUUUGGCAUCUCAUUCUCCAACCAUAUGAAAGCAAUAUGCUGAAUUUCUUCAAUAUAUUCAAUGAAUUGGUCUUGCUCCUUUGUGGCUGUAUUAUGAUUUUGUUUUUAGAUGCUGCAAUGCCUGAAAAAGAAGCCAAUCUCUAUGGCUAUCUAAUGAUUACUAUAGUAGUGCUAGCCAUUAUUAUCAACUGGGCAGUUAUCCUACCCUCGAAGGUGAUCGAAGGCAUUGAGUCAGUUAAGCUUAUGAUUAGACAUAGAGAUGAUAAGAUCAGAUAUCAGAUUGAAAAGAAAUAUCUAAUGUUUGAGUCAGAUUUCGAUUAAACUGGGGAUCUUAUCAUAUAGCAAAGAAUUACUGAUUUUAGAGCAAAGUCAAGAGCUAAUCAGAGAGAUAGACUCCGAAUUAAUAAUGAUGCAAACAAUAAUAAUCUUGGAUUUUAGAAUAACUUACUAGGGUUUAAUAACUUAAAUCAGUUUGAUGAUACAAAUGAGAAUAUGAGUCAAAGUAUGAUUGGAAAGGAUUACUUCCCAAUUAUAAGGAUAGAAGAUGACAUGUAUCAAUUUAAGGGUGAACUUAACCCUAUAAGAGAAGCCAUGAUUUUGGAUGAGCAAUACCAGGAUUAAGUAAAAAAUGGUAGACUGCCAUAUAUGGACCCUAAGAUGAAAAAAAAGAAACCAACAUUUCGAGAUUAAAAAUCUGGCUAGCUAGUAUAUGACCAUUUAAGGCCUGUUUCACAUUAAAUAGUGAUAUAAUAGAAAGCAUCAGAAGAAAUCUCGAUAUUAAGAAAGAACUUAGAUAGAUCACAGAUCAAAAAUGAAAUAUUAGAGGACUAAAAUGAUAAAUACGACAAAGAAAUUUUAGAAAUAAAUGAUAAUUACAAUGCCAGAGUCAAUGUGUUGCAAAGUAUAGAUGCAAUUGAUAUUAAUGAUCUCCAGAAUUAGAGAGGUAUCUCUUAGUUGUAAUCAGCAAACUAUCUUAAUUAUAAUGAUAUGAGGCCAGACCCUACUAAUAGUAGAUCAGCUUUCAGUAAUCACAGACAAAAUCUAGGUUAUAAAGACAUUAGAGAAGUACCUUAAUUUUAGUUGAAUGAAUUUGGCCAUGAUAGUAAUAAUAGAUAAAGAGAUUAGAAUGUAUUCCAAAGUUAAAAGAUCUAAAUACCCUAGUAUGCCAACUAAGACUAUGAUAUUAAUGAUCAUGGCUAUGCUUAUGAUGCUAAUAAAAUUGAUUUGAAUCUUACAGAUUAUAUUAAGUAAAGAGGAGAAAUGCAUUUAAAUGUGGAACAGCCCCAGAAUAUUAUUCUGUCUAAUCUAUAAAACUUAAACAAUUUCGAUCCUUAACAGUAAAAAAAUGAGUAAAACAUAAAGAUAUAUGACAUGUUUUGA